CAUAGUUGACUAACAAACGUCAAACUUCAAACGUCAAACGUGAAACGUCGUUUUCGCAACAAGGAGUAAAAAUUUAUUUUUACGAAAGUGAAAACGGUUUCAGAUAUAAAAUAACUAAUUAAUUUUUUGGAACAUAUUUAAAACGGACUCAAGAAAUACCAUCAAUUUAUUGCCUGUAUUGUGUGUGCAGAUUUUGUGAAAACUAAACAAUGGCGGAUCCACUGAGUCUCCUGCGCCAGUACAACAUAAACAAAAAAGAAAUUAUUGAACGUGAUAAUCAAAUAAUUUUCGGUGAAUUCUCUUGGCCGAAAAAUGUGAAAACAAACUAUUUAAAAUAUGGUUCCGGGAAGAAAGGGGCACCACGCGAAUAUUACACGUUGGAAUGUUUAUUAUAUCUGCUAAAAAAUGUUAUGCUCCAGCACUCGGUGUAUGUGCGGCAAUGUGCUGCAGAGGAUAUACCGGCAGUCAAUCGGCCCGAUCGCAAAGAGUUGCUUGCCUAUCUUAAUGGCGAGACUUCAACAUGCGCUAGUAUAGAUAAAAGUGCCCCACUUGAAAUCCCCACACAAGUAAAACGACCUGCAGACGGAGAUGGGCCGGCGGGUGAUUCACUUGCGAAGAAGGCACGCUUUGAAGAAACGCAAGUGCAGAAGGUGCGUGAGCAGCUGGCAGCACGUUGGGAUGUCAACAAAAAGGAAACUACGGUCAACAUAGAUAAUAUCAAAUCGCUCUCGGAAACGAUGUCCGUAGAGAAGAUUGCUGCUAUCAAAGCAAAGCGCUUGGCCAACAAACGUACUACCAUCAAACGCACGGACAAUGAAGAUGCCAUGGCUACAGAUUUACGUGCCAUACUUGAUUAUGAUGUGGAUUCAACGAAGCAUAUAAUAAGUCGCGAAAGGCAAUGGCGCACGCGUACAACGAUUUUGCAGAGUGCGGGCAAAAUGUUUGCAAAAAAUAUCUUUGCUAUUCUGCAAGGCAUAAAGGCGCGUGAAGAGGGACGAAAUAGGCCGGCAGCACAACAAGCAAUUAAAAUGCCAGAACCGGCGCGUAUUGCCAAACCGCAACCACAACUGACGCAAUAUAAUCGUUACGAUCAGGAGCGUUUCAACAGGCAGAAAGAAGAAACCGAGGGAUUCAAAAUCGACACACUGGGAACUUACCAUGGCAUGUCACUGAAAUCAGUGACAGAGGGAUCACUGGCACAACGCAAGGCAAAUAUGGCACCCCAAAUACCUGGUCGUCCAAAGGAACUGCUGCCUACUGCUCAAGCUCGUCAAGUAGCGCCAUCGGCCCAGAAACGAGUCUCACGUACGCCCAUAAUUAUAAUACCUUCCGCCAAUACCAGCCUCAUCACAAUGUAUAAUGCCAAGGACAUUUUGCAGGAAUUGAAAUUUAUCUCGACAGAAGAUAAGAAACGUGCAGGUGGUACACGCGAUAACGAAGUCUUGUUGCAGCGCAAACGAAACAACCAAACUGUGCCUUAUCGUAUUAUCGAUAACCCUCAGAAGCUUUCGGCUCAAGAUUGGCAGCGAGUUGUGGCAGUAUUUGUAAUGGGGCCUGCUUGGCAGUUUAAAGGCUGGCCUUGGGAUGGUAACCCGGUCGAAAUUUUCUCCAAAAUUUGUGCUUUUCACUUACGCUUUAGCGAACUGAAACUGGACACCAACGUAGCAAAGUGGUCCGUUACGGUGUUGAAUCUUUCUCAGAAUAAACGACAUUUAGACCGCGCUGUAUUAAUGACUUUCUGGGAGACUUUGGAUAAAUACAUGGCAAAAAAUAAACCUGAUUUAAGAUUUUGAAGCACCUGUACACGCGUUGUCGCAAAAUCAGUGCUUACUAAUGCUGCAGCACAUCAUACAAUCCUCUAUUGUGCUAGAUAUGAGGGAGACUUUUUUGUAUUUUUAUUUUUCAGAAAGAAACCUUGUAGUUAGUAGUUCAAUUAAUUUAAAAUAACCUCGAAAAUAUAAUGCAUUAUCACUGUCGACAAAAUGGAAAGAAAUUCGCUUCUCAUGUCUGUUUCAAGCGCGCAGCACGUUUAUAUGACUGAAUUGUUCUCCUUCCACAACAUAGUAAUACAUUAAAAAAAACACAUCUUCAUCGAAACCAUUUCAUUUUCAUUUACUGCAAAGAAGCCAGCCUGCAAGCCUCCUGCGAGACAUAAUACAUACCUAGUGUGUUAAAAACCAAAAACAAAUUACAUAUAUAAAAAAAUUAAAA